AUGUACACUCGUUACGCGGUAACCGGCCGCAACAUCACCGACGGCGACACACUCGUCUCUGCCGGUGGGUCCUUCACCAUGGGCUUCUUCUCUCUCGGGGUGCCAGCAAGGAGGUACCUCGGGAUAUGGUUCUCCGUGUCGGAGGACGCCAUGUGCUGGGUGGCCAACCGAGACCGGCCGAUCAAUGACAGCUCCGGCGUGCUGGUGCUCGGCGACGGCGGGAGACUACUCCUGCUGGACGGAGGCGGCCAGGUCAUGUGGUCGUCGAACGAGACAGGCGCUGGUGCUUCCGCCGUGGCGGAGCUGCUCGACUCCGGUAACCUCGUUGUUCGCGACAGGGCCAGCAGCCUCCAUCUGUGGCAGUCGUUCGACCACCCGUCGAACACCUUGCUUCCCGGCAUGAAGACGGGCAAGAACCUGUGGACCGGUGCUGAGUGGUACAUCACGUCAUGGUGGUCGCCCACCGACCCGUCUCCUGGGCCUUACCGGCGCGGCACGGAGACGGAGGGGUUGCCUGAGAACGCGGUGUGGCGUGGCAACGUCAAGACGUACCGGACGGGACCGUGGAACGGCCUCUACUUCAACGGCGUCCCGGAGAUGGUGUCGUACGCCAACAUGUUCACAUACCAGGUCACGGUCAGCCCCGGCGAGGUCACUUACGGGUACCACUCCAAGGCCGGCGCACCACUGUCGCGAAUCAUAAUCACCGACACCGGCAUGCUCCAGCGCCUAGCCUGGGACUGGAGCAGCCGGGCGUGGAAGACCUUCUACAGCGCGCCGAGGGAUGUGUGCGACGCGUACGCCCGGUGUGGGGCGUUCGGUCUGUGCGACGCGGGCGCAGCGUCCACUUCAUUCUGCAGCUGCGUCAAGGGAUUCACGCCCGUAUCACAGUCGGCUUGGUACAUGCGGGAGACAUCCGGCGGGUGCCGGCGGAGCGUGGCGCUGGACUGCACCGCCGGCGACCGGACGAACACGAACACAACGGACGGGUUCGCGGUGGUACACGGCGUGAAGCUCCCGGAUACGCACAAUGUGACGGUGGACGGAGGAAUCGGGCUAGAGGAGUGCCGGGAGAGGUGCCUCGCCAACUGCUCGUGCGUGGCCUACGCCGCUUCCGACAUGCGAGGAGGUUCCGCCGGCCAUGAAUGCAUCAUUUGGUCAGGUGACAUCGUCGACAUCCGGUACAUGGACAAAGGACAUGAUCUCUACCUUAGGCUUGCAAAAUCUGAACUAGCUGAAGAAGCCAGGGGCGGCAGGAUCAGCGUGGCAAUAAUGGCGACCAUAUGCACAGUGUGCGCGGCCGCGACCAUAUUGCUCUGUCUAGCCUUGAUAAUUUGGAGAAAUAUCAGAAGAAAGAUCUUGCGUGCUGCACGGAUAGUUCAUAUUAACAAGGACGCUGUUCUCGUCGAAGCAGGCAAGCCUCCAAACGUCUCCACGGCCGUCGCCUCCAUUGAUCUUGCCACCUUAGUGAAUGCCACAAGAAACUUCUCCAAGAAGAACGUGAUCGGCGAAGGCGGUUUCGGGGUCGUCUACGAGGGCCAACUGCCGAAUGAUCAUCCACUGGCGGAAGGGUUACCUGGGAGGAAGGUCGCGGUGAAGAGGCUGAAACUGUCGUCGUGUCUGCCAGGCAGAGUCCUGAGUCAUUACGCGAGGGAAGUGGAGAUCGUGUGCAACCUUCGGCACCAGAACCUUGUUCGUCUCCUCGCCUACUGCAACGACGGAGACGAGCGGAUCCUGGUGUAUGAGUAUGUCCAGAACAGGAGCCUGAACCUGUACAUAUUUGGUAAACCCAGCGUGCGUGCUUCGCUUGACUGGGCGAAGAGACUGCAGAUUAUCCGCGGAAUUGCUCAGGGCGUCUGGUACCUGCACGAAGGCUCAGGGGAGAACCUUGUCCAUAGAGACCUCAAGCCGUCUAAUGUACUGCUUGAUCAGCAGUUCGUGCCCAAGAUCGCAGACUUCGGAACACUAAAGCUGUUCCAUGAGGACCAGACAGGCACCAGUUACUGGUGCAGGGGAUACGCGUCGCCUGAGUACGCCAAGGACGGCGAGAUGACGCCCAAGUGUGACGUUUUCAGCUUCGGUGUGGUACUGCUGGAGAUAAUCAGUGGCCGCAAGAACAGCGCUGCACCGAGCGUCAUUUCUCAGGCGUGGAAACUGUGGGAGGAGCAUAGGGUGAUGGAUCUUCUGGACGCUUCGGUGGUGGCGCCAGCGCGGCGUUGCUCACGCUCAGACGACAUCUCGUCGGAGCUGCGCCGGUGCAUCCAGAUUGGCCUCAUCUGCGUGCAGCAGUCGCCCGGAGAUAGGCCUGCCAUGUCCGCGGUUCUGGCCAUGCUGAGGAGCAAAGACUCUCUGCUUGAGCAGCCCAAGGGCCCCGAGCAGCAGCUAGGGCCGACGUGUAAUGGUGGCAUGUCGCUGGACUCGGAACCAUCUACCGUGGUCAACCUCACAUAG